AUGUCCUCCUCCGCGCCGGAACUUCCUUUCCCGGAUGACUUGCUCACCUUUCCCCGUUCCGAUUAUUCUUAUGCCCAGUACAAGAAACCCCGCUAUCGUAAUGCGGACGUUACGGAUGUGCUCCUCGCGAGGGCCGCUCAACGCUCUUCGCGUGUGUUUCAGGAUGUGCAGCUUGGCGCUGACGUCCACCUCAUUGAGGGGCGAAUCUCUGCGUUUGCUGUCCUCGAUAAGGUCAUACAGUUCCCCAGACCCAUGGUCGACCGGGAGAAAGGAAUCAAGUUCGUUCGCGGUCGGAGGGUCAAGGCUCGGCUUCCAGCGAUUGAUGAGACGAGUAUUUUCGACGAUACCUUACCUGACCAGCUUUGUGUGCCCCUCGCAAAGUUGCACCUAACCGACAUUCCCUCGGAGCAAACGGACGCCUCAGCGGAUUUUCUACCCAAGGGGGACACGCAUAGCUGUAUGCACGAACAUGCAGUACACGACGGUCCUGACAAGAGUAUAAAUCUCAGAGCUGGGAGAGUCAACCGAGGCCGUGUCGUUCGGGCGGCUGGGCUCGAGACCGAGAGUGGCGACGAAUAG